AUGUCGAACCCUUCAACCACAACGCGCAAAUCGGCCGCCGACAUCAUCAACUCAGCAUCCCGGCACACCAAGCCCUUCGCCCGGCAUGAAAACCACAAGAACGACUACCGCAAACAACUAUGGUGUGACACGCAGUGGUCGACCUUGAGCGUGCAGGCGAAGAAGACGCACAAUCUGCCGACCUUGCCUUACUUUGACCCGGACACCAUGCUCCUCAGUAAAGAGGUGAAUGAGAAACUGUGGCACCAACUGGAGAGACUGUGGGAUUACUUGGGCCCAGAGCGGGCGCCGUUCGCCACGCCCGUCAUGGUCGAAGGCGGCGAGGUGAAAUGGCAUUCGUUCUUGAAUGGGGACAAGGGCGACGAGGCCGAGAUCUAUACGAGCGCCGUGGACGCGUUUAUGAGUCGGACCCGCAAGCCGGGCGAAUAUGAUGGGUGA